AUGAAAGCCAUGCAGGCGCGCUUGUGUCGGAAAAAUCAAUUACUUUUUAUAGCGGCUUUGCUUUUAGCGCUGCGCGUAGAAAGGAGCCAUGAAGGAAAGCAAAACACGGCACUGUACUUUCGCAGCAUUGAGAAGAGCUACAAUCCGAAAUACGUCGACAGCUUUGCCUGCAACAUCUCUACCGAUCGCUCGACCAUUAGUACGUCAUUGAAUAUAGCAAAAAAUGUAUCUGUGGAUUUCUGGAUGAAAGUAGCCAUAGCAUUUAAACAACAAGCUUCGAAAAAAUAUCGUUCGAUUUUGUCGUUCAACGUCAAUUUGUGCGAGGUGCUACGCAACGAGUUCAAUCAGCAGGGUUUGGUGCACUUGUGGAUAAGGAAUUUACAGAAAUAUAGUAAUAUGCCACGCACUUGUCCGUGGAAAGCGGGUUCAUAUUACUGGCUUAAUUUGCGUCCAGAAGCGGGCACUAUACCGAAAUUUAUCUCUGCUGGUCUAUUUCGCAUCGAUACCCAAUUCUACUUGAAAGCCUUAAAUAAUGAGCCAUUUACAAACGUCACAAUCGUUUUCGAAUUGCAUCGAGAUUGA